UCUAACUUUCUGCAGCGUGUAACCACGUGUGUGUGUCGGAGUGAGUGAAAUCUCGCCUGAAUUUAUUGGAAUUCCCGUCCUCUCCUUCUUAAAGCUCAUCAAGUAUAAAAUUCAUAAUCAUGUACCGAUUACCAAGUUUAAUUCGUCCAGGAAAGCUAGUACUAUCAAGCCGUACACUUGUCCCACGACUAGGAGCUAGUUUUAGUACCUCCCAACAGCAAAAUGCUAAGGAACUUAAAUUUGGUGCUGAUGCCAGAGCAAACAUGUUGCAAGGGGUGGAUAUUUUGGCUGAUGCUGUUGCAGUCACUUUAGGCCCAAAGGGAAGAAAUGUUAUAAUUGAACAAAGCUUUGGUGGACCCAAAAUAACCAAGGAUGGUGUUACAGUAGCCAAAGCUAUCGACCUUAAAGACAGAUUCCAAAAUAUUGGUGCUCGUCUAGUUCAGGAUGUAGCAAACAACACCAAUGAAGAGGCUGGAGAUGGAACGACAACAGCAACUGUUCUGGCCAGAUCAAUAGCAACAGAAGGUUUUAGUAAGGUGUCUAAAGGUGCCAAUCCACAGGAAGUUAGAAAAGGUGUAAUGGUAGCUGUUGAUAAUGUAGUAGAAUCAUUGAAACAAAUGUCCAAACCUGUCACAACCCCUGAAGAGAUAGCACAGGUAGCUACAAUCUCAGCCAAUGGUGAUAAGAAAAUAGGAGAUCUGAUCUCUUCUGCAAUGAAAAAAGUUGGCAGAAAUGGUGUUAUUACAGUCAAGGAUGGUAAAACUCUUAAUGAUGAAUUGGAAGUUAUUGAAGGAAUGAAGUUUGACAGAGGAUAUAUUUCUCCAUAUUUUAUUAACACAGCCAAAGGCCAAAAGGUUGAAUAUCAAGAUUGUCUUGUACUUUUGUGUCAGAAGAAAAUCUCUUCAAUUCAACAAAUAGUCCCUGCUCUAGAACUUGCUAACACCCAUAGAAAACCUCUCGUUAUUGUUGCUGAAGAUGUUGAUGGUGAAGCUCUUACCACCCUUGUCUUGAACAGACUUAAAGUUGGUCUUCAAAUAGCUGCAGUAAAGGCACCAGGAUUUGGUGAUAACCGUAAGAAUAUGCUUCAAGAUAUGGCCAUUGCAACAGGAGGAAUGGUGUUUGGUGAUGAGGCACUUGAAACAAAGUUAGAAGAUAUCCAGAUACAAGACUUUGGAGAAGUCGGUGAAUUAUCUAUCACCAAAGAUGAUACAUUGUUCCUCCGGGGCAAGGGAAGCCAAGAAGAUGUCGAAAAACGCUGCGAGCAGAUCAAAGAAGAAUUGGAAAGCACAAAUUCUGAUUAUGAAAAAGAGAAGUUCAAUGAAAGACUGGCUAAGCUAUCUGAUGGUGUGGCAAUCUUAAAGAUUGGAGGAUCCAGCGAAGUAGAAGUAAACGAGAAGAAAGACAGAGUUACCGAUGCUUUGAAUGCUACCCGUGCAGCAGUAGAAGAAGGCAUUGUCCCUGGUGGUGGAGUAGCUUUACUCAGGUGUACUAAUAACCUAACCAACCUUACACUAGAUAAUCCCGAUCAACAGAUUGGUGUAGAAUUAGUCAUUAAAGCGCUACGAAAGCCACUACAUACCAUUGCUGAAAAUGCUGGUGUUGAGGCAGCACUUGUUGUUGAGAAGGUAUCAAGACAAGACGGUAACUCAGGAUAUGACGCACUCAAUAACAAAUACGUAGACAUGAUUCAAGAAGGCAUCAUCGAUCCUACCAAGGUUGUACGUACCGCCAUUACAGAUGCUGCAGGGGUUGCCUCACUUCUCACCACCGCUGAGACAGUCAUUGUAGAAGCUCCCAAGGACGAGAAAGAACCAAUGGGAGGAAUGGGUGGUAUGGGAGGAAUGGGUGGAAUGGGUGGAAUGGGAGGGAUGAUGUAAGUUCCUCACUUGGUCACAUAAAUGAUGACUCAUAAAAUGCUCACUCAAGAACUUUAAGCCUAUUGCAAAAAAAGGUAAAAAUCCAGCUCAGAAAACCAACAAGAAUAGAGCCUUACUGCUUCUAAGGGUCGAAAAGAGUUCUUUUAUAAUACCAGCUUGUUGCUAAGUAUUUGUUAUACUUGUAGCAUUCGUGUUUGUGAUUUCGCUGUUAGAUGUUGAGUGUCAUGAAUUGCCUAUCAUUAAAUGUUCUUGCUUAUACAUUGAUUCUUCCUAUGAAAAAUCGUAACUGUAAAAUGAACGCUUUGUAACUUUCUUAUGGGUUGUAACAUUAAAGUGUUUCUCCAA